GUUGCAUCAGAUUAGUUCGUCAUCUCAUAGUUAGGAAAGAUGGCGUCGGAAGAUCCACAACGUUGUUACUCAAUAAAUAGUCUUCAGAAACAAUUUUCUGAAUGAAUGUGCCGGGUUGCACCGAGUAUUUUAAAGUGUGACUCGCACCCGUGACUCGCUGGCGAGGUGAUAUAUUGGAGGGAUCUGCAGCAGACAGCCUCCAAACCUCACUUCGACCAGCAGCCCCUUCAGCCUCUGAGGCCUAGCUGGGCUAAGUAUGGUCUUUCACAUUUAUGACUUUCUGUACGACAUCAUUGAGGAUCUAACGGGCGAUGAACAAACAAUGCAUCUGGAACAGACGCUUUUUGACGCCAAUGUAAAAUAUACAGAUAAGAUACAAAAAUUAACACAAGCAUGGACGUUCCUCAAACACAAUUGGGGUCGGGUGAGCCAGGUGACCUCACGGGAGCAGGAAGACUAUGCCAAGUCACUGAUGGGGAAUUCUGUACAGAUGUUACUUCGAGCAGAAUGGAAAACUGUAGCUGCAGCAUUAAAAGGCCACCUGAAAAGGCAGAUUGUGGCAUUUGCCCAGAAUUUAAAAUCCAAGGACGAACAUCUUGCCUCACGGUGCCAUUUAAUUUCCCUCCUGUUGGAUGAUCCAUGGGGCGAUCAGGUGCUUAAAGACAUUCUUCAAGACAAACCUUUUGACGACACUGCAGCUCUUAAUUUACUGAAGGCAGACCGUCACAUUUUAAGAACAAGGUUGAACAUUCUCUGUGAAGAUAAAAACUGCUUUGAACUGGCACAAAAGUUAGCAGCUGUUGUUUGGUUGUUCUACAAGCGGGACAGAAAUCUCUUGUCCUUCUUCAGUGAUGAGGACCUUCAUUAUAUAUUAGACUUGCAUUUAAUCUUGCUGGUGAGGCAGGGCAAACAAAAUAAUAUCAUUACUCAGAUGAAAGAGUUGCCCAUGCAGCAAGGUGCACAGUUUAUCAAAAGGCUGAAGCAGCACCAUUAUCCAGACAGAAACAAGUUGUGGAAGAAAAGCCGUAGGGCUCUUGAAAUUGUGGUGCAGCUGUUAGCAACAAGAGCAAUAAGGGAGCCUCUUGAAGAUGUGCGCGGCACUCUGAACUACUUAAUGGCCGAGUGGGUGGAGAUGUUUUGCCUAGAUCCAGAGUUUGAAGUCAUGAUCGGCAAAUUAGCAGCCCUGUCGAUGUCAGUUGAUCAUUUAUUUGCUUUAACUGAAGCCCUAGAACAAAGAUGCCGUGGAAAACAUCGCUCAAAAUGCAUUGAGUUUUUCAUCAAGCGUUUCACAUCAGAGGUUAAUCAAAUCAAUGAUCUGCGGAAUCUAGGAAAUGAAGCUCAGUUGCGUGCCGCCGAGGAACACUUGUCUGCUGGCUUCUUACAAUUAGCUGAUCUUCUGUCGGAUAAUCUGGAAUCAUGCAGAGAAUCUGUUCUUACUGCUUUCUCACUUAACCCCUCUGCUGAAUGUCUUGGAAGACUGGAAAAGUUAGCAGUAUCUAGUAAAAUGCUAAAGAAAGAACUUCUAGAUACGGGUCAGUCGGUUGAACAGUAUGUUCCCAUGGAAAUUAAAGUAGAGGAUGCUGAUACUGCUUCCACACCAAGUAAAGUGGAGGAUGGUAUUGAUACUGCUCCGAUUGAUCAGUCUCUACAAGAUGAUUUAAAUGUUGUUCUAAAAACUCCUCGUAAUCGGUCGUUAAAUUGGCAACUGCCAUGGUCAGAUCUCAAGAAGAGGUGUGAAGAACACAUUCAAGAAAUGACAAGAGGGGAGCGACCCUCAAUGAAGGAACUUAAGUACCUGGAACUAGACUACAGUCAGUUUAAGCACAUGCGAGCUGAAGAUGAUAAUCAUGAUGGCAUAGAGAAAGGCUAUGAAAUUGACAGUAGUACAGCGGAUGAAGACUGUGAUGAAAAUGGUGGUCAGAACCACAGAUCUCUGGAAGCAGGUUCCGAUGCAUCAUAUACAAUAAAGAAAAAAUCAAAACCAUCAGAGCCGACAGAUCCAAGAAUAAAGAAGAGCAAAGCACCAAGGACGCAAAAGCCUUAUCAUCAUCUAUCGCCUGAAGAGUGUAGAAGUAAACAUAACAUUAAUGAACUGCUUCUUAAGAAGAAAAGCCAAAGAAAACCCAAGGGUAAAACACCGAAGAGUGACGCCAAAAGGUCUAGGAAAUCAUCUUUCACCCAGUUUCAAGUUACUAGUCCUAAGGAUUUGGGCUGUGUCGGUUCACCUCCUGGUGGCAACUACCCACAUUUCCAAGAUUACCUCGCCAAGAAGAGCCCCAGGGACGAAGGGUCGCUGCAGUCCCUGCGGAACUUCCGGCACCCCAAGAAGGGCAUGGGCGGCCACGACCAACCGCUCCACAUGCUGGGCAAGCUGGGCAAGCUGGGCCCGGAGUACCACCAGUACUACCCCCUCACGUCCUACGACCACCUGCGGCCUGCGCAGCAGCAUACCACGGUGCAGGUUGUCCACGUGCCUGGGGCCGCGCCGCCCAGGACGCCCAACAGCACCAUCACCAGGCCGGAGGACGCGGAGCGCGCCGCGGCCUCCACGGACCAGGUCAACGCCACCACCGCGCUGCCGCAGUUCUCCACCGCCUUCGGCUCGAACCGCAUGGACGCGGGCCCGGCCGGCGGCAGCGGCGGCAGCGCCCUGAAGCAAGCCCUCCUCGCGCCGUCCCAGGGCGGCGACAAGCACGCCAAACUGAACCCCACGCCAGCGGCAUCGGCCGCUCAGGCGGCAGCGGGGUUUGGGUCCCACACCCAGCCGGCGGGGUUUGGGGCCCUUGCUCAUCCGCCGGGGUUUGGGACGCCAACGCAGUCUACGCAGGCCUCCCCUCUUCAGAGCACGCCUCUGCCUCCGCUUCAGGCGGUGCAGGCGCGCCCGACUCCUCUAUCGCCUACCUCGCUGCAGCCGCAGCCGGAGCCGCCGACGCAGCUUCAAGAUCAGCCGGCGGGCCUCCAGGGCCUCCAGCAGCAGCCUCCGCAGCUCCAGACUUUCGCGGUGGCUGGGGCGCCUCCGCCAGCGACCCUGUCGGCUGGUACACUCACAACGGCAGCAGCUACAACUCCUACAACGGCGCAGGUUAUAGUAACCACCAGCAGUGGCGGCCUUAUGAAUCCUACUCCACCUGGCCUGCUCCUGGUGGCCAGUACUACGGCCACGCCUACGCUCACGCCCAGCCAGUCUACCAGCAGCACUACCAGCAGCACCAGUACGUCGACGGGGCUGCCGGGGCUGGCUUUGGGCCGCAGCGUUGUCACGGUGAGCAGCACCAAGGCUCCUGCUGCGGCUGUGCUGGUUGCUGGGCUGACAGCGCAGCAAGCGCAGCACAGGCCGCCCGGUGCGUGUGGCCCGGUGCCCACACUAGUGCAGAGAACGUUUAGCGCGCCGCCGCUGGACAAGGCGGUCCGCGGCUCCGCCGUGCAGAUCGUGCAGGCCGUGGCGCAGGGUGCCAACGCCCCCACCAACGUGUCCCGGCCGCUGUACGCGUCCGCCAACGUGACGACGCACACGCCGCCCUCCGCCAACGACACCCUCAAGGAGCAGCUGCUGGAGUUCGAGUCGGUGCUGCACCACGUGCACACCACGCGGCAGCUCAAGGAACGCCAGUCGCUGGACGGCGACAACGACCCCAAGCCGCCGCAGCAGCCUCAGCCGCCCCAGCAGCCGCCCACUCCGACUUCGGCCACGGUGGUGCACACGGUCCGCGCCGUGCCCGUGUCCAUGGCGGUGCCCGUGUCCGGCGGCGUCCCCGUGUCCGUGGCGCUGCCCAUCAACGUGCACAAGGGCGGCAUCCCCAUCGCCGUCUCGGUGGCCACCGUGUCCGCCAACUCCACCUUGCCGACCGUGACGCUGAGCGCGCUGAGCGCCCCCAAGAAGAAGCCCAAGGUGGGUAAGACCCUGACGGUGGUGGCCGCGACGGGGUCGACCGUGGUGACCACGCCGCUGACGGUGGUGACGUCGCCCGCCCCCAACCCGCCGACCCUGACGGUGACGACGCACACGCAGACGACGGCCGACCCGCGCCACUUCAAGCCCAACAUCAUCAGCACCCUGGCCACGGCCAAGCACAUCGGGCAGAAGCCGGGCGAGGACGACCUGACGACGGCGAGGAUCAUGAACAUCCUCAAGGCGUACGACGAGCAGCUGCGGUGCUCCCCCGAGAUGAACAACAAGCCGGCGCCGCGGCGGCGCAACCAGGUGCAGCCCGGCGCCGCGUCCAGCCCCACCAGCAAGCGCAAGCACAAGAACAAGAAGGGCAGCGUCUCGGAGCUGAGCCCCGGCACGGACGACACGCACACCAUGGGCAGCGAGGACUCGAGCAUCGCGUCGCACUUCGCCGACGGCGUCAUGGACGUGAUGGAGGCCACCCCCACCAGCCCGCUGUCCACCUGCGACGACCGGUCGCUCGCCAGCACCGCCGCCACCUCCGGGGACGCGACGCCCGCGCCGGCCUCGACCGCGGUCACGUCCUUCGCCGGCGUCACCAAGGCCACCACCACCACCACCACGGAGUCCGCCGAUCUGGCUGCGGAGGCCGGGCCGAAGACCGGCAGUCCUGUGAAAGGGCAAGCGCCCGCCCUGGUGAAGGUGCAGACGCCUCCCAAAGUACAAGUGGUGACCAAGGUGCCCCAGCUCACCCCCACGUCCAUGCCCCAGCCGCAGCCACAGCCCAAGACUCCAGCCCCUGUGGCAGUGUCCACUUUGCUUCCAGUUGCACUGUCCAUUCCGACCACAACGAAGGCUACUUCACCACCCAAAAUUGUGACUACGACUGCAGGGAAAGUUCAGGUGCUUACCAAAGUGUCGCCACCUCAGACUCCUCCGUCACUUCUCAAGACGACACCCUUGCCCAAAGUUCGCUCAAUGGUGAAGACGCAACCUCUGCCAAAAGUCCAACAACUUGCUCCGCUUGUCAUGUUGUCAACCACCAAGCCUGGUGAAACAUUGUUGGCAUCUCCGCAGGGAGUGGUGGUUCAAACUUCAAAGGAGAACCAAAUUUUCACUGUGUCCAGCAGAGUCAUCCAGUCUGUUGAGACAGUCAAGCCCUCUGAAAAUUCUGCUGUGGAUACUGCACCUCCUCUGCAAGUAACGGAUCAAAUUUUGCAGUUGGCUCCAGCAUCGAAUCAAGUUUCUCAAUUAGAGCGAGCUUUACAAUCCAAGCAUGUAACGCAGACGCCUCUCCUGGCAAGGGCUCUGAAAACACCGACAACGCACUUGCCCACCACUUUUACUGGUAUAUUGAGCACGACUACAAGAUUAAGUAUUGCUCAGCCCACAUCUACUGUCCAACUGAGAACCCUCUCAAAGGUGUCUGAAAGUGAAGUCUCACCUGUGGAUAGAGCGAAAUUGCAGAGUUCUGACAUGCCUGCAGCUGUUUCUCAACUCAGCCAAACUGUUCAAAUAGUAAAUGUCAAAGCUGAAGAAUUAUCACCGAAAUCAUCCCAGCCUGUGAAACUGAGUCAGUCCCCGCAAUCUUCUGAUUUGCAUCAAGGGCAGGUAAUGCCACUUCAACCAGAAACUUCACUCUUCAAUCCCAUGACAGAAGCUGUGCCUUCCUCAACUUCGACAACGACUUCUACAACGAUGAUGACUCAACAGGUUCCAACUACACCAGUAGUCAUGCUACCUGCCACAUCUGUUGAACUGCAGUUGCCACAUAAGGCUGCUUCUUCUGUUGUCGAGCCUUCUCAGUGCAAUAGUGAUUUAAUGAGCCAAUCACAUCAACAGUCUAACGGAAGCCUUUUGAUCCUGACCUCUCCGCAACCAGAAAAUGUUUCUCCAUCUUUACACCCUACAACAGAUGUGCUUCCUGGUACUCACCUUGUUCAGCUGGCAUCUCAACAACAGCCCUCUGAUACUGGAAAACAGGAGCCACUUCUUUCAUUAGAAAAAACACAGCAAGUUGCAGAAGAAGUUUUACAAGUACCGCAGUCAUCUGCUCAGCUUUCAGUUUCCCCAGUUCAGCUGGCUCCUCCUCCACAGAUGCAGCAAACAACUCAAAUCGUCAAGUCAUUGAUGCAAGAGCAAUUGACAUCACAGGCUGUACAACAAAUCCAGCUUGGUCCUCAAGAUGUAGCAGCUUCAGCAGGGCAAGGUCUAGAAGACCAAAUAACUUCUCAUAUUUUACAGCAAGAAACGCAGGCGGACCUACUGCAGCCCACUUUGCAGAUGGAGUCAGCAUCUGAAGGACUUCAAGCGAUGUCUCAAACCCAAUUGGCGUCUCCCAUACCUCAAACAAUGCAGCAGAUUCUGGAACCACUGCCUCAAGCUCAGCUCAACUCCCAGAUUGUUCAUUCACUGACUCAAGAGCAGAUUCUUCAGCCUGGAUCCCAAAUGCAACAAAACGCCCAGAUACUUCAAAUUUCAUCUCAGGCACCUCCGACUUCUACAAUUGUCCAGACUGUCUCGCAAGUUUCACCUAUAUCACAAAUUGUGAUACCAACCUCACAGAUUCUGCAAACCACUUCUCAGGCUCAGUUGGUUGAUACUGCUCAGAUGUCACAAAUUAUGUCCUCGGCACCACAAUUGGUACAGUCUCUUCCGCAGCUUGUGCACAGCUCUAAGUCAACGCAACCUUCUCAGCAGAGAUUUGGAAUCCAACCAGUCCAACUAUCGACCACUCCCACUGGGCAAAUAAGAAGAAUAGUCACCGGGGAUUGCACUCCACAGCUUGUCCAGAUUGCCCAGCCUCAGCUUAUUCAAAGCCAGCAGCUGCAGCCGGCUCCACAGUUGUUGAUGCCACCUUCAUCGCAAGCGGUAACGGUGUCUUUAGCUGGACAGUAUACACCGCAGAAACCAAUGGAUACUGAUGAAGCCAAAGUUAGCUCUCCUACAAAGCAGAGUAUAGUCCCACUCUACAUGGUUCCUUCAUCUUCUGCUUCACAGUUACCUGUUAUGAUCUCUUCUGCAACAGGAAUGGUCCAUGUCAAUCUGGUCAACUCUCAAGCUGGGCCUGUUGUUGUUAGGCAGGUCUCUAAACAAGAUGGCAAGAUGACGAGGGACUCAUCUCAUGACAUUAUUUCUGUGAUCAGUUGUGAUUCUAGUCAACCAUUGUUACUGUCAUCCAUCCAACAACUUUUUAGUGGUAAUGCCCCUGUUGUUUCAACGAGUCAUAUGGGUGCUGCCAUGACCUCUCAAACUACUGCGGCUGUUGUGGCCUCCCCAGCGCCAAUGUUCAGUGUGGCUAAUGUGGAUUCAUCUGUAGUGACUGAUACUUCUGUUCUGACUCUGAACUCUGCACCUGUGUCGAGUGAGAUCCCUGUCAAUGUGAGCAGUCUGAUUUCAAGCUCAGUCAGUCCCAGUCAGUUGUUUCCCACCCCCAAUCAGACAACAGCAUCUGCACCAAUCUUAGAGGCCCCAGCACCUGCUCCUGCGUCCACUCAAGCUUCGCCAAGAGCAGUCACUCCGUCAUCAGCUAGCAGCAUUCCGCCACUGACCAAUACGUCCCCAACUAGUGCUCCAAACAGGCCAACGACACUGCUGGCUCUGCAACAGCAAAUGCAAAUGCAGCAGCGAAGCAAGCAACUUCAAGAGCAAGAGGAAAAGCAACAGAAAUUACAUCUGAGGCGUUAUACCCAGCAACAUCAGCAGCCUCAGCAGCUUGUUUCCCAGGCUGAUGUGACUCCUCUGCCACCUGCAGCCCAAGAAAUACCACAAAUAGCCCAACUUGAAUCUCCAACACAACCACUGCCUGGUAUUCAGCCAACAACUCAAGUUGCAGUUCUUCUUACUCAGCGAGAGGCCAGUAAGUCGCCACCAAAGCAGCCAACUCGAAUCAAUGUGUCUCCGCAGAAAGCAGAAGGUUCUGAUAAAGUUGCUGUCAUCAUUCCGAGAACUAAGAGCCGCCCAACGUUGCUUUCAAGUCCGCCACAGUACAAGACCACAGAGCCUAAGCACUUGCGCCAUCUUCUUGACUCUCCACCUGCUCCUCUACCACCACUGUAUCAGACAGCGCUCAGAAGACCAAGCAACCUUACUACACCUUCCUUGCCAGCUGUAACUGACCAGGUAAAAGUUGCAUCUUCACCUGUAAAACAAGAGGAUCAACCAAAAGUUGAAAAUAACCAGGUGAAACAAGAAGACGUCAAACCUGAUGUUACUGCUGAAUCUGUCGGAAGUGCUGUUCAGAAUGCUGAGUCAAGUGAACUUGCUGUGAAGCCAUCUGGAGAAGGUACUGCACCCACUCUGUCCCCAUUAAAGCAAUCUGGUGUUGCUGCAGUUCCACAAGAAAAGCUAUCUGCUUCAUCUGAGGAGUUACCCAUGCCACAGCCUACAGAAGAGGUUCUGCCAACUUCUCUUCCAGAGACACCACCCCCAGAUUGUAAUUCAGAUAAACUGUCUUCUUUGUCCCCUGAGAAAUUACCUGGCAGUUUAACACCUGAAAAGUUGCAAUUACCCAUUGCGUCGCCAAUAAGAAGACUAUCUUUUGAAUCAUCCAGUGAUAAAUUGCAAUUAACUCCAGAAAAGCAAAUGCCGAUGCCCCUGUCUUCGUUAUCUGUGGAGAAGGGAUCUCCUUUGUCUUCUCCUGAAAAACUUUCUACGUCAUCAGUGUCAGAAUUGUCUUCACCUACGCUUGUACCUCUGAGAGUACUGCCUGCAACUUCUCCCGAGAAGCAGUUACUGCAAACACCCAAGUCAUCAAAAUCUUGUCCCCAGUCUUCCUUCAAAAAUUCUUCUUUAAAAGGAAAGAAAUCUCCUAAAAUUUAUGCAGUUUCUAAAACAAUUGCCAAGCAGACUACACCUUUGAAAAUUCCUCAGAAGCUUGCAUCGAGUAAGUCUCAGCAACUAACAUCAAACAUGAAAUCAAUGGUACUGACUCAUAGUGGUUUAGAAUCUUUAACGUCCAUCAGUGAUGCAGUAGUGCUGGGACAGUCUGAAAACCAGAGUGAAAGUGAAACGCUGUUUAUCAGAGCUAAUGUCCCUCAACCAUCCCCUACUAAAGUAACGGAUGGCGGCCCAACUCUUGAUGCGGGAUCCACCACCCCAGGAAGUGUGAAAGUAAUCGCUGCCAAAAGUGGCGAUGCCAACUAUCAAAGACUAAUUGAACUGCCAGAAGGAACUCGAAGGCCUCAAUCCCAGCUUCCUAAAUUGAACCUUCUCGCCAAGUUGACUGCAACCCAGGCUUUGCCACAAGCUUUGCCACAGGCUUUGCCACAGGCUUUGCCACAGGCUUUGCCACAGGCUUUGCCACAGGCUGUGCCACAGGCUGUGCCACAGGCUUUGCCACAGGCUGUGCCACAGGCUUUGCCACAGGCUUUGCCACAGGCUUUGCCUCAGGCUUUGCCACAGGCUUUGCCACAGGCAGUGCCACAAGCACCCAUCGCGGAGGCGCCACCACUAGCACCUAUGUCUGCAGCCAAACCAAUUGAACCAUCCACUCAGAAGUCAUUUCAGCUUAUCGAUGAUACAAGUGCAAACUCUAAAGGCUUGCUCUCUGAACUGCCUGCUCAUCUGCUGCGUUUGGAUACAAAGCCUCUAAGUUCUCCUGAAGUCCGAGUGUAUCCACCGUCUCAAGGAAGUCUGGAUUCUGACAAAGUUGGUACCAAAUCGAAGUUGCCCGCAGUGAGUCCAGUGUCAGCCCCUCCAUUGCUGUUGACAUCCACGAGCAGCCCGACCAAGUCCACUCCGGCAGUGCAGGUGUCUUACUCUGCACUCAAGUCAUCUGCCUUGAAGAUUCAAACUCCGACCCAGGCUUGUGUUCCAUCAUUAACCACUGCCCCGCUUCAAGUGCCUAAGCCUCCUUCAGCAAAGGCCCAAGCUGUCACGCAUGAACGUCAGACAUUACUAAUUCCUGACACUUUUUCAAAAUUGCAAACUGCACCUCCUGCUCAAACAGUUCAGAAUACUAGUCCCAUCUCAAGUACUUCAAAGGGUCCCCAAGAAGAUGUGUCGGUUAAUGUGACUCCCCGACCCAAGCGCCAGCGCAAUAGGAAACGAAGUUUUCCUCGUCCUCAAGAGAAAGAGAGCAGCAGCCAGAGCAGCAAUGUUGAGCCGGACUCAAAACUUCAGCAACCAUCUCCAAAAAAGGUAGAUUCUGAGACCACCCCCACAAAACGAUCCCCAAAGAAGAAGGACAACACUGGAAAUCCAACUGUUUCUCCAGAAAUUGUGUCUCAACAUUUGAGCGACACAAUCAUGAGAGUGUCGCUAGGGGAGGAUGAAGAGGAGGCCAAUGCAAAUGAAGAAGUAAAUCCUCCACUGGUCAAAGAUGAAUUUGAAGACCAGGAGAAAAUUCCAGUGGAGGUUGCAGUCGCUGCCCUCUGUGGAGAGGACAUUGAAAGUGCCAAAGACUUUAUUGAGGGUAACUUACAAGGGGAUGUGGAUGCCAGGAGUGCCAUCACCCUCCUACCGGCAGACCCAUCAGAGAGCACUGAAGAGUUGAACUUUUUUAGGAACGUUGUUGAUAACAUUCCUGAUGCAAAUGCUACACCUGGUUUAGAAAAUGACGGCACUGUUGACUCAGUCCCUCUUAAAGACAACAAAAAUAAUCCUGUCAUAUCAUCCAUUACUACUUGUACAGUUGCAGAUGCCACAGACAUAGACCAUUCAUUAAAGAAGGAAUCUAAUCUAGUCUCAGAAAGCAAAGAAGAAGAAACUGUUCCCUCAAGAAUUGCUCUCAAACGGAAGGCAAUUGGAUCUCAUUCUGGUUCAUUUUCAGAGCACUCUAGGUCUCUUUCAGGAAGUGAUGAUCUGAGUAUGGAUAAAACCAGCACAAGUGACAUCUUCCCUGAAACGGACAUCCUCUUUGAAACAACUUUGUCUCCAUCAUUUUUGGGAGAAAUUGCACAACUGUCUCCAACUAAUAGUCAAGAUGCAGUUUGUGCUAGUCCUGAACCACAUGAAAAAAGGAAGAGAGGACUUACCAUGAAGACUUUGCCAAAACAAGAGCCAGACGAAAGUAAAGGAGGAACCAAAGCUUUGUCUUCAAUCGGUAGCCUAGGUCAAUUCAAUGGAGGAAAUUCAAGAUCUGAAAUGAGUAUCGGGGACUCCUUCAAACAUACAGUAAUAAAGCAAGAAUGCUCCUACCUGGAUUCACCCAUGCUUGAUAAUCCAGUGGCACACAUGUUAGACGAUCAAGAAACUAUGUCUAAAACCAACCAAACCUUGACAUCUUUAGCUGGCUCAAGUACAGUGUCAGGUUUCUUUUCGUUGAAGUCUGGGUCUUCUGGAGAUGAAGCUAGCUGGGAAAAAGAAACGCUCUUUCCUAACCAGGCAUCAGACAAUGAAGAGGAGCCAUUUUGGAGCCAAGCCCUUACAUCUGGCGUUGACAUAGACCUAAGCCAAGAGGGAGACACCAAUAGCUCAUCUACGCCAAGUGAAACUCUCUCAAAGAGUGUCAAGUCAUCUGGGCGAGGUAGCUCUCAACGUUCAUCAAUAUCUCAAACUAGAAAAGCUGGUGUUAAGCGGAAAGAUGACAGUGCAAGUAGUCCUAGUCAAAAACAAGUGGGAGAGAAAAGAAAACGUGUGAGCUCUCUUACAUCUAACGAAGAAGACGAAGGUAAUUCUAAAUAUGGUCAAGUUUUGAGGUCCUCUGUAACAAAGCCUACCCGAAGAGAUGUUGUCCGUAGUGCACCUUCAAAGGAAGACACAAUACAGCGUCGCGUCUCUACUCGCACUCACAAGCCAGUUACCAAGUUUGAUGACUUAACUAAGAAGACAAAGCCUUCACAAAAUAAGCAGCCUCCUAAAACAGUCACUAAUAAGAAAAAGUAAUAUUUCAUUUUUUGGAAAUUGCCCUUUUAUUGUUGCUAGAAAUCUAUCAAAUUGUAUUUGAAAAUGUAAGUAAAAUUGUACUGAAUAUUGUAAUUUUUUUUUUAACUUCAAAUGUUACUCUAUUUAUAAUUGUUUGAGAAGUUUCCUGGAAAGUACUUAUAGCCAUAAAUUCUUGAGCACUGAAUUGCUGAAGUCCAAUGUGAGCAUUUCCCUCAGUGUUAGAUGUAAUUGUGAUGUAGUCAAUGAUGUACUCUUUGUAAGUAAGUUACAUUCUAGCUUAGGUGCUGUACAGAAUUUUUCAUUUCGCUGCCAAAUGUAGGUCAUUUUAAAUCAAGUUUCUAUUGUUAUUGAGAAUUAUGUGGGAAAUUUAAGGUUGUGCUAAUAAUUGAUUUUGUUACAUUAUUGUAAAGGAAUUUAUGAGUGUUACUUGAUAGGGCAUGUUUGCCUAUGCUUCAUUUCCUGGAACUUCAUGAUGGAGUGAGUUCAGAGGCAUUGUCAUAGUCAUAAAUGUGUCACCGUUUAGCCAAGUAAUUAAUACUUAUAACUUCUAAUGUGUUCCCAACAUGAUAAAAUAACCUCUUUUGUUUUAAAUCGUGAGGCUUGAUUUAAACAUUAGCCCAAUGAAUGUACCAGUAUUAAACAUCUUGGACAAAUUUCCUUUGUACUCAGGUAUGUGAUUUUAUUACCAUUCUUCACAAAUUUUGUUAUGCUAUGUUUAGAAUUGGAAAUUCAUUGGAAAUCUUUACAGAUUAGUUAAUUUCAAUACCACAUAUCAAUGUAAAUUGUAUUUGUCAUAUUACUAAUGUUCAAAAUAUCAUCUGUUAGAAUCUGCUCUGGUCUGAUGGCCUGACUAGCUUUGUGUGUAGAUUAGAGCUUUGUAUCAACUUUGGUCUCAUUUUAAAAGCUGACUCAUAUAGCUACAAAAAUUUAAAUCAAGUAGAAUGGAUACAAUUAAGUCUUUUUGCCUUCUAGCGCCAUUAUAAAAUCAUGCUCAUUAUGUGUUUUCCUUCUAUAGAUGUUAGUCUAUUGUGGAUGUGAAUGGGAUGUACAGGUAGCCUCCAUUGAUGACUUUACUCUCAGGAGGUCAAGUUCUUAUAUUAUAAUUGUAAGUUUGUAUGCGUUAAUAAUUUAGUUCAACUUAAAGUGAGGCAAGGUCAGAGGAACUUGAAUGAGUGAACAAUGACCAACCUUGCCAAGUUGUCUUUUCUUGAUCUCUCCGCAUUGCUGUUCCAUCUAAUAGUUAAUUCUUUAUUUCCUUUUUUAAUUAAAAAAAUAAUGGUGCUAUUAUCUGAAUAAAGGUACAAAUUUAUUGACUGCAACUUUUCAACUUAUCUUUGUUUUUUCUUUUUGAGGUUUUGCGACUGCAGUGGUAUUACAGAUUUGCACAUUGCUUCAAAAACGUAGGUUCCACAAUAUACGUAGUGGUGUGUAAUGAUAUUGAUUCAUUCGUUAUGUAGUUGUUUUAUUAUUAUUUUUUUAUUUUGACCGUCCUUGCCAAUAGUUCAGCUAGUGUAUAAACUUAAUUUUUCCCACUUUCCUAUACCUCAAGGAAUGUGUAAACUUGAACUGUACAGGGCGUCAUAUAUCUUGACCUAGAAUACUUUUUAGACUCUCCCAUUUUAACCAUGUUUUGAAGCUCAAAAUUCAACUUGUAGCUCAUGCACAUGCUCUUUGGCUUUUACUUUUAAUUUUGUUUGGAGGAAGAUAGAAUUGCAGUCUAGUGUCAGUAACUUUUGAAACCCAGCCUAUUUUGAAGUGUAUUUGCAUUCAGAUUUACUUAAUCGUUUCAGAUAUUUCAGUCAUUUGUUAUUGUAUUUGGAGUUUUCCACAUAUGUGUUCAUCAUUAAGUUGUAGUCCUUACCCAAGUACAGUAUUUUAACGACUGUUCCAUAAAUUGUUCCAAUUUCAGUGUUAGAAUUGUUGUAUACAUUGCCUUCUUGUUUUCUGUACUCUUCAUUGAAAUAGUAUGAGUAUGAAUGCUUGUCUAAUGGCCAUUUAGUCAUCAUUACUAGUUUUAGGUUGGUCAUUUGGAUUGUUUUUCCUCUUGGAUUUGACACAAUAUAGAGUUGCAGGACUGCACACAUGUAUUGAAAGGAAUAAAAAUGAUUUUUGCAAUGUCUCAGAAAACUUUUUUGUUUCAGUGCAUUACUUAGUUGGUAUUGUAAUAUAGAUGAUAUCUGGUCACAUCCUUUGUUUUAGUUCAAUGUUGAGUUGCCAUGCUGGUGCCCCUCUUGUUAAUACUGUACACAUUACCUGUAUUUUUGUACAUAAUUAAUCUUAAUUGUAUAUUGUAAAUUAAAAUAAACAAAAAAUGCUGUGAAAAAUAUUUUAAAUCUGUAAAUGACCUAAGUAAAUAUAGUGUUAAAGUAUGGCAUAAAAUAAAUUUUCAUGAUGGUAUUAAAAUUAUGUGUCAUGUGUGUUAGUUGUCAUGUGCUUUUAGCAUGAUUGAAAGCGGUUUUCAAUUAAAUGCUCUGUAGAAUGGUUGCGCUCAGACAUUGAUCCUCUUUAUUAUGUCUUAUUUUGUCUGAGGGCAGCUGAUCCUAUAGGUCAUUGCUUGAAAUAAAACAAUUCAUUUAUAUUGAA